GUGGAUGAGUGCACUGGUUGAGCUAGUGGCGCGAGAAAGCUUUGCAUUUAGCGGUUGUAUUAUUGUGUACCAAGUGUUUGUUUUUUUAUAAACCUUGUCAAUUUAGUUUGAAAGAUGUGGAUCCAAGUGCGUACCAUGGAUGGUAAGGAAACCCACCGCAUUGAUGAUCUGUCCAAGCUCACAAAAGUGGAGGAACUUCGUGCAAAAAUUAAGGAAGCUUUUGGGGUUGAUCCUGAGCAGCAAAGACUGUUUUAUAGGGGCAAACAGAUGGAGAAUGGACAUACUCUGUUUGACUAUAGUGUUGGAUUAAACGAGAUUGUACAGCUUCUGAUAAGACCUGCAAUAGUACCAUGCCAGCAGCCAAGUAAAGAGAAAGAUGAGGAGUUGUCAGACACAGAUUCUGGUUGUGGUUCAGACAAGAAUUCCAGCAAUGGUGAAAGCGUCUCUGAUAUGGAUGGGCAGGCAGGCACUGGUGUCCAAACUGAGCUUACGGAUCCUGGAUUUGGGUUGUACAAGAUAAAUGAGUUUGUGGAUGCUCGUGACAUGAACAUGGGAGCUUGGUUUGAAGCUCAGAUUGUUAAUGUGACCAGGGAAGGAACUACGGUGGAUUCUGGAAAUGAGAACACUUCUAAUGAGAGCAUUGUGUACCAUGUGAAAUAUGAAGAUUAUCCUGAGAAUGGAACAGUGAAGCUGAGUAGUAAGGAUGUUCGUCCAAGGGCACGCACUCUCUUGCAGUGGCACCAGUUGCAUGUUGGACAGACUGUGAUGGUGAACUAUAACCCAGAUGAACCAAAAGAGAGGGGCUUCUGGUAUGAUGCAGAAAUAUUGCGAAAAAGGGAAACGAGAACCAUCAAGGAAAUAUAUGCCAAAAUUGUGCUUGGGGCUGCUGGUGAUUCUCUGAAUGACUGCAAGAUUAUUUUUGUUGAUGAAGUCUUCAAAAUUGAGGAACCUGGUAGUUCUGUGUCUGCUGGCGCACACAGUCCAGCCAAAAGACAGAAUGGGCCCGAAUGUAAACACUGUAAGGAUAACCCAAAGAAGAAUUGCAGGAUGUGUGCUUGCCAUGUGUGUGGUGGGAAAGGUGAUCCUGACAAACAGUUGUUGUGUGACGAAUGUGACAUGGCAUUCCAUACCUACUGCCUUGAUCCGCCACUCACUGAAAUCCCUGAUGAUGAUGACUGGUACUGUCCAGAUUGUAGGAAUGACACUUCUGAGGUAGUCCUGGCUGGUGAGAAAUUAAAAGAAAGCAAAAAGAAAGCAAAAAUGGCAUCUGCCAGUUCUGCUUCCCAGAGGGACUGGGGCAAGGGCAUGGCAUGCGUAGGCCGGACGAGAGAGUGCACAAUUGUCCCUUCUAAUCACUAUGGUCCUGUACCUGGGAUUCCAGUUGGCACCAUGUGGAAAUUCAGAGUGCAGGUUAGUGAGUCUGGGAUUCACAGACCUCAUGUGGCAGGAAUACAUGGGAGGAGCAAUGAUGGAGCUUAUUCUUUGGUGCUAGCUGGAGGAUAUGAAGAUGAUGUGGAUAAUGGAAACGAAUUUACAUAUACUGGAAGUGGUGGUCGUGACCUUUCAGGUAAUAAACGUACUGCUGAGCAGUCAUGUGAUCAGAAACUCACCAACAUGAACAGGGCUUUGGCUCUUAACUGCAAUGCUCCCAUAAACGAUAAAUUAGGAGGUGAUUCAAAGGAAUGGAAAGCUGGCAAGCCUGUUAGAGUGGUGAGGAAUGCCAAGGGACGCAAACAUAGCAAAUAUGCACCUGAAGAUGGCAAUCGAUAUGAUGGCAUUUACAAGGUGGUUAAGUACUGGCCUGAAAAGGGGAAGUCUGGUUUUCUUGUCUGGCGAUACCUUCUCAAACGAGAUGAUGAUGAGCCUGCUCCAUGGACCAGGGAAGGGAAGGAAAGAAUUAAAAAACUUGGCUUAACUAUGCAGUAUCCAGCAGGCUAUCUUGAAUCUGUUGCCAACAAGGAGAAGGAGAAAGAAAAUGAGGAAUUGGAAACUCCAAGCAAAAGGAAAAGAAAGUCCAAAUCAGGUGAUGAAGAUGUAGAGUGCUCUCCUAAAAGACAUAAAGUUGAGGCGUACAAGUUAAGUGCUGAGCAGAAGCGUUUGAUUAAGGAGGAUGACUUGAACACAAAAUUGUGGAGUGAUCUACUGGAUGCUGUGAAAGAAGGACCAAAAUUCCUUUUGAAAGUGGAAGAAAAUUUUUUGUGUAUUUGCUGCCAAGAGGUGGUGCAUCAGCCAGUCACUACUGUGUGUCAUCACAAUGUCUGUAAGGCUUGCUUGGAAAGGUCAUUCAAAGCAGAUGUGUAUUCCUGUCCAGCAUGUCGACAUGAUUUGGGUAAAAAUUACAAUAUGCAAAUUAAUAAACCACUGCAGAAACUUCUCAAUCAGUUCUUUCCAGGUUAUGGCAAUGGACGAUAAUGCUUCCUUUUCAUGUCUGCCUGGCCAAAUUCUCCAGUUUAUUCCAGGGACCUUAUUCUUUCUUGAAAAAUUGGUUUUGUUUGGCAAGUGGCUUUCUCCAAAUGUGGUGGUCUCGACUGAAUUUUUUCACAUGGUAAAACUUGGGACAUUAAUGUGAAAGGUCUUCCAAUACUUCGUGGAUUUGUGGCCCAUAGUUAUGGCCCAUGAGCUAAUAAAACUGCAGCAUUUAUUGUUACUGUAAUUAAAAGUGCAUGCUCUUUGUUCAGUGAAACAAGUUAGAUUUGUAGCCUGUGGGCUUGGCAUCAGUUUUUCUGUUUUCAUUUUAGUUUAGAUCUGCACUAGGCAGCUUGACUAUUAAAUACAUAACGCAUCAUACUCCAGGCUUAAAAGCUGUUCUUCCAUUAACCACUACAUUGGAAAAUGCCAAUGAAGUCUGAGGGCUGCUGCUUAAAACUUUGGUAAGCAUUCAAGUACUUGAGAGGAAACAUCCAACUACCUCAAAAGGCUUACCUUCUUGAUAGGGACUGGAGAAAGUUUAGCCAGACAUUGCUUUUUUUUAAUACUUCUAAUUGAUUUGAAUGAUUGGAGCUAUUUAAUGCCAUGUGAUCUCUUGGGAUUGUGGCUCAUAACCACAUUUUAGCACUGAAAUGAUAGAAACUGCGAAAUUCCAUCAGUUUGGGGUGACAUGUCUUGCAUUUUCCAAAAUUUUGUUAAACAGGCAUUUUUAGCAUGGAUUUUGCAAGUUUUUAUGCAUUUUUGUUCUGAAGCAAGAACUUUAGUAAUGUUUUGAUUCAUAUUGUUUGAAUUAUUAGAUUUAUCAAUUGCAGGACUGCAAUUUCUGAAAUUAUUUGUAACAAGGUUUUAUAUCCUAUUUGUAAUGCUUGCUGUAAAUGAGGCCAGAAGAGCAUUUAACAGUUAUUUUGUAUAUUGAUUUAAUGUUGAUACACAACCAAAGGGUGCAGUUGAAUUUACCUCAGUGUAACAGAAACUUGAUAUUCACACUUUACUGCUGAUCAGACUGGAACAAAUGUACAUUCUUGUAUAUUCUUUUCUGUGUUUAGUAUGGUAAUGUAACACAUGAAUUUUAUGUGGAUCUUAAAGAAAUUUGAGAAGACUUUUUUGAUAUUCUCAAUUAAAUACCUGCCUUUAUAAGGUUGAGUUUUUUUACAUCA